GCUGCUCUCCUGCUCAAACUCCGCUCCACCAGCAGGGGGCGGGAACGCGCCCACAAGCUGCUGCCAACCGCCAUUAGGAGGAAGAAGAAGAAGAGAAUUCCUGUUCCGUUUCCAGGACGAUAGUUGGCGGCUCAAAGCGCCAAAUCCAAACACGGAGAACGAUAGAGCAACAUGUCCGAGUGAAGGAGCACUAGCCGGGCUACUGACGGACAUUCUGCCGCUCCCUCUGGUCCGACAUGGAGACACUGUAUAGCAAGACGCUGCACGUCCACGUCAGGGCCAGGGACUGCGAGGACAGGAAAGCUAAUAUCCGUGUCACCAUUGACCUCCAGUUGACAACCAGUCCAGUUCACAAAAGGGAUCUUCUAGUAAGACUCACCGAUGAUGUGGAUCCAUACUUUCUCUUCAACCUGUCCAUAUCGGAAGAGGAUUUCCAAAGUCUGAAGGUGCAGCAGGGGCUCCUCAUAGACUUUGCAUCAUUUCCUCAGAAGUUUAUCGACCUGCUGAAUCUGUGCUGUUCCGAGCAGGAAUCAGACAAUCCCAGGUUCCUCCUGCACCUGUCCAGUCCGUCUGCAGUGCUCGAUGGGCCGGCCAGCUUCAGUGUUGUAGAGACCAAUGCAUUCAAACACCUGAACCACUUGUCUCUGCGGCUGGUCCCAGGCUCUGACAAAGAAGUUAAAGACUAUCUGGCAGUGUGUCUGUCCUCUCUCAAGGCAGAGAAGCAGGCCCUGGAGAUGAAGCUGAAGAAGACUGAAGACGAUCUGUCCAGGCAGCUGAGUUACGCUCAGCAGACUCUCUCCGAGAAGACUAAAGAGUUGGACAAACUGCGUUCAGAGUGGACGAGUCAGAGCAGCUCUCUGUCCAGCCGCCAUUCUCAGGAGUUACAGUCGGAGCGAGAGAAGGCUGCGGAGUACCAGAGCAGGCUUCAGCAGCAGACGGAUCAGCUCCGCCACGAGCUGGAGACCGAUCAUAAGCAGAGCAGCCAGCAGCUUCAGAGCCGCGUGUCGGAGCUGGAGGCCUCCAGCAGAGAGCUGACCGAGAGGAAGUACAAGAACGAGGCGCUCAUCAGGGACCUGAAGAUCAAAUUAGUGGGCGCCGAGGAGGAGUGCCAGCGGUCCAAGCAGCAGCUGCUGUCUCUGCGGAGGGAGAACGGCGCUCUGGACUCGGCGGUCCAUGACGGCGAGCGAGCGCUGAGCCAGCUGCAGAUGAGAGUGGCCGUUCUGGAGCAGGAGGUCAAAGACAAGGAUCAGCUGAUGCGCCGCACCAAAGAGGUGCUGGAAGCCACGCAGCAGCAGAAGGAAUCAAUGGAAGAAAAUGCUGAAAGUAAAGAAGGUCAGAUCAAAAAGCUCGAGGCCACGGUGAAAUCCCUGUCUGAGGAGCUGAUAAAGGCUAACGGCAUCAUUAAGAAGCUGCAGGGCGACGUUCGAGGCCUGGUUGGAAAAAUCAAAGUCAAGAACACGGUGACCGUGUCCCAGGAGAAGGUCCUCCAAGAAACCUCAGAAAAACUGGAGAAUGUUGAAAAGGAUCUGCAGAGCGCUCGGCAGCAGCUCAGCACCAAGGAGGAGCAGGCGUCCAGGCUGAAGGAGCAGCUGGAGACGACUGUACAGAAGCUAAAUGAAAGCAGAGAGGUGCUAAAAACCAACGAGAAUGUUAUCAAUUGGCUUAACAAGCAGCUGAAUGAGAAGCAGCUGUCCAGGAAGUCUCAGGAAUCUGUGGACAGUCCUUCACUUCUGUCCACAACAACUGGACUGAGGGCCCAGUUCUAUCCUCAGACAGCCAGACUUGAUGGGACUCCUGCUGAACAGAGAUCAGCACAGCUGCCCGCCAGACACACGGGAGACUCUGCAGGUCUGGAUUCAAAGUACUUUGAGAGGAGAGAUGAUAGCAUCCCAAUCUAUGGUCUGUCGUCUAAUCUGCUUAGCAAAGAGUUCCCUCAGCCAGCAAAGCCCUCCGUAGUGUCUGCUUACUUUUCUGCAUGAGUAGAAUGGAAGGACCCACCCCCUCCCCCCAUCCGUCAUGGCUUCUGUUCAGAACUCACUUGUCCUUAAGUAUAUGUUUUAAUUUUUGUGUGCUGAUGUUAUACGCAUACAGGAAAUGCUGUUAAAACCUUCUGUAUGCUGGAUUCCAGUGAUCAUGGAGAAUGUGUCAAAGUUUUCAAAUUAAUAUCUUAAGUUUGUUACUGUUUAUAUUCUUUGUUGUCUGUAUUUCAUUUAAGUGUAGUCUUUAAUAAACAGUUUUUCCAUCCCA